CGAAUUACUGUCUAAUCCGUAACAUCAUGUGCCCUUUUCUUCUAAUCUAAAAGGACAAAACUUUAACCAACGCACGUAAGCAUAUACGCAGCAUUUCAACCCAAUCCCCUUCGUUAUUCCCAAAGCACAAUCGCUGUUGUUCUUGUUAUUAUCAGACCAAAUUUGGGUUUUUUUUCAUCGGACCAAUGGCUCAGCGUACUGGUGAGCUUGUGGGUGAAGUGAAUUCAGCACAUCAAUUAGACAACGAUGCUCUGUUUCGUUACUGUUCUUCACAUGUCGAAGGUUUCCCUGUUUCUUCCUCCAGAUUUUCCGUUUCUCAGUUUGGGCAUGGCCAAUCGAACCCGACAUAUCUUCUAGAAGUAGAGUCAGGUCAUCUAGUGAAAAGAUAUGUUAUGAGAAAGAAGCCCCCUGGGAAGCUUCUUCAAUCCGCACAUGCGGUCGAACGAGAAUUUCAGGUGCUUCAUGCAUUAGGUACUCAUACGCUUGUUCCUGUCCCGAAAGUGUUUUGUUUAUGUACGGAUUCGAGUGUGAUCGGAACUCCGUUCUACGUUAUGGAGUUUUUGGAGGGGCGGAUAUUUCUCGACCCUAUGUUACCUGGUGUGGCACCGGAUAGGCGGAGGGCUUUAUACCACGCAACCGCCAAUGCGUUAGCGUCUCUUCAUUCUGCUGACGUGGACGCUAUUGGUCUGGGAAGCUUCGGGCGACGGAACAACUACUGUAAACGACAGGUUGAAAGGUGGGCGAAACAAUACAUUGCUUCUACCGGUGAAGGAAAAUCCGAAAGGAACCCUAAAAUGUUAACGUUGAUCGAUUGGUUACGUGAAAAUAUUCCGUCUGAAGAUUCUUCCGGAAGCACGGCAGGUCUUGUCCACGGUGAUUUUCGGAUGGAUAAUUUGGUUUUUCAUCCUAUUGAGGAUAGAGUAAUUGGUAUUCUCGAUUGGGAGUUAUCGACUCUCGGAAACCAGAUGUGUGAUAUUGCAUACAGUUCUAUGUUGUAUAUUGCAGAUUUUUCACAGGGUAAAGUGAAACAUAACAACGGUUUUGAACUCGACAUUUCGGAAGGGGUUCCUUCUUUAGAAGAAUAUCUUGCAGACUACUGCUCUGCUGCCGGAAAACAAUGGCCUGUUGCCGGUUGGAAGUUUUAUAUCGCAUUUUCACUUUUUCGUGGUGCAUCAAUCUUAGCUGGUGUCCACAGUAGAUAUAUCAUGGGUAAUGCAUCGGGUGGAAAGCGCGCUCAAGAUGCAGGGGAAAAAGCCAAUGAUCUUAUACAAAUUGCGUGGUCUUAUAUACAACGGGAAACUGUUCUGUCGAAAAAUCCUCCAUCUGUUACAAAAGGAAAAGAUGAAGGGCUGGAAAGCGGAGGGCGAUUUGUUCCGAAUAAAAAAGUUAAGGAUUUAAGAGACAAACUGAUUAAAUUUAUCGAGGAACGUGUUUAUCCAAUGGAGCAAGAGUUCAGUAAGCUCGCUCAAUCGUCCAUGCGUUGGACGGUUCAUCCGCAAGAGGAAAAAUUGAAAGAGAUCGCAAAGAAAGAAGGCCUGUGGAAUCUUUUUAUACCUCUUGAUAGUGCCGCAAGGGCAAGAGAAAUUCUUUUCGACGGGAGAGGUGAUGACGCCAUUGGAACUGGAUUUCCGAACCAGUUGGGUGCGGGUCUCUCGAAUCUUGAAUAUGGAUACCUUUGUGAGAUUAUGGGUCGCUCUGUGUGGGCCCCACAGGUGUUCAACUGCGGGGCGCCUGAUACUGGAAAUAUGGAGGUAUUAUUGCGGUAUGGCAACAAAGAACAACUUCAAGAAUGGCUUAUUCCAUUGCUAAGUGGAACGAUUCGGUCCGGAUUUGCAAUGACCGAACCUCAAGUUGCGUCUUCUGACGCAACGAAUAUAGAGUGUUCUAUAAGAAGAGAAGGUGAUACGUAUGUUAUAAACGGAAAGAAAUGGUGGACGAGUGGAGCAAUGGAUCCCAGAUGCAAACUCCUUAUACUUAUGGGAAAAACGGACUUCAAAGCACCAAUUCAUAAGCAGCAAUCCAUGAUUCUUGUAGAUAUCAAUACUCCCGGUGUUAAAAUAAUAAGACCGCUUACCGUAUUUGGGUUUGACGACGCACCUCAUGGGCAUGCAGAGGUUUCAUUCGAAAAUGUUCGUGUUCCCGCUAAGAAUAUACUCUUGGGGGAGGGUCGAGGUUUUGAGAUUGCACAGGGUAGGUUGGGUCCGGGGAGGUUGCAUCACUGCAUGCGAUUAAUCGGUGCGGCAGAACGCGGGAUGCAGUUAAUGGUUCAAAGGUCUCUUCAACGAAGAACGUUUGGGAAAUUAAUAGCUCAGCAUGGUUCCUUUGUUUCUGAUUUAGCGAAGUGUAGAAUAGAAUUAGAGAAAACGAGACUAUUAGUAUUUGAAGCUGCAGACCAACUUGAUCGGUUUGGAAACAAGAAAGCUCGUGGGGCCCUUGCAAUGGCGAAGGUGGCGGCUCCAAACAUGGCGAUGAAGGUGCUCGAAACAGCAAUUCAAGUGCACGGUGCAGCUGGGGUGUCGGGAGACACGGUUUUGGCUCAUCUUUGGGCUACAGCGAGGACUCUCAGAAUCGCAGAUGGACCCGAUGAAGUUCAUAUAGGAACAAUUGCAAAGUUGGAAUUGAAGAGGGCUAAACUUUGAAGAAUUAAAAAGUAUGUCAAAUUUGUGUAAACAUAAAAGAAUAUAUUGAAGUAUUAUGUAAGUUGUUACUCCAUUUCCGUUGUGCCAAGAAUAAACUGUUGUUUUAUAAAAUAAAGAAGUUUAUAUAUUUA